UCAAUGCAUGGUGCCCGGGUACCGGAGUCCCACAAUCGAAUCGCUUUCAUUACGGGUGGCUUUUGCAGUAAACCCCAAAUGCUUGAACAUGGCUCCCCGGAUUUCAUCACAGAAUUGGUUGGAACUCCGAGACAUCAUGGAUGCGAACGUGAUCGAUGAAGAACCCAUUGUUCCUCCAGAGCUCAAGCCGAUCGCUGAGUGCGAGCUCAACGAGACUCCCGAAAAUCGAUCCCGAUGCAUCGAAACCGUGUUGCAGCUCCUAAGCGAAGACAAGAGACUCAAAUCAAGGGUCGAUGAUGCCUUUCUGAUGCGAUUUCUCCGGCCCGCCAAGUUCAACCCGCACAGAGCUUGUAGGAUGAUCACGCGCUACUACAAGAUGCGAGAGGAAGCGCCCGACAUUUUCGAGAACAGAUAUACGCCCAGAGAUCAAUUACGAUCCUUCGGCUUCAAUCUUUGCACUGUUCUCCCACACAAAGACGCCCAGGGUCGUACGUUGUUCAUCGUGCGAGCCGGGGCCUGGGAUCCAAGUCAGCUGAGCAAAAAAGACUUCUUCAUGUCCAGCCUCCUUAUGAUGGAACUCUCAAUUCGUGAUGUGCAAACACUCAUCAAAGGAACUGUGGUCAUCAUAGAUAUGGCCGGGCUGUCCUUGACGCAUAUCAAGAAUUUCACGCCCAAGGAUCUCAAGCGCAUCGUGACCAUGAUCCAAGACUGCUUCCCGUGUCGGAUCAAGGCGAUUCACGUUGUGAACCAGCCGAACAUUUUCUCCAUCAUCUGGGCCGUUGUUAGCCAAUUCCUGACAAGCAAAAUCGCUAGCAGAGUGCACCUCCAUGGCGAGAAUCUCGAAGGAUUAUACCAGCAAGUGGACAGGAAGUUCCUCCCGGAUAUUCUUGGCGGACCGGAGCCUCUCGAUUGUUCUCCGCGAGUCAAGGAGCUUCUCGACCUGAACGACGCCCUCUUCGAAGACGGAGCCUAUGGCUACAGGGACUUCAAGGAGAACUAUCGGUCGAUGAAGCGGAGCUCGUAACGGGAUUGAAGGGCGUGCCGCGGAGCCUACGGGCGACUGAAGUGCUGCGGCUGCUCAUCUUUGCGAUCAACACAGGACGAGAAUCGCUGAGAUCCAUGAGCUUUGGAACAAUUUUUGUGAUGAAAGAUAUUCAGUCCUCUCGUUCGGGGACCGUAUUGGAAGUCGAAUUAAGAGCGAUGCUAUGUCGCCCCUUUGGAAAGGUUCUGAAUUGCCAUUUUCCCGCUGAUUUCCACGCUGGAAUCGAUCAAUAAGAAUCGACUGUUAUCU